AUGGCUCUGAACGUGUUGUGCUUUUGGAGCCCUUCUAACUGUAGACCGGCUCCCAGGCUUCAAAAUCGUAGACCUUUCGGAAUCGAUCGACUUGAGCAGAUUUUCCGUGCAGAUGCAGAGUCACGAUUGAUGGAACUCUUCCUUUUCCACUUCCGACAAACAGGUAGCACGAUUGAACAAAGGUUUCUGGGUACUAAAGCAUAUGGCACGAUAGAGCCAGCAAAUCUUGAGACGAUCCUCUCGACCAGAUUUAACGAUUUUGGGAUAGGCCCUCGCCGAUACGUCACCUACGAGAUGUUCGGUAACGGUAUUUUCACCCAAGAAGGAACUGAGUGGAAGCACUCUCGCGAUGUCCUCCGACCGCAAUUACAACAUAAGCAAUAUGAGAACCUCGAGGUAUUCCAGCCCGCCGUAGACGAUUUGAUAGACCUAAUCCAAGGAGGCAGCGGAAUAGUUGAUUUGCAACCUCUAUUCUUUCGCUUAACCCUCGACACAACUACUGCUUUUAUGUUCGGUGAAUCAGUUCGCAGUUUAGCCACGCCAGAAGCGGCUCAAGGUAACACAUUCGCGAGUUCUUUCAACACCGCUCAACAAUGGGUGACGAAGAGAUUCCGACUCCCUGACCUCUAUUGGCUCAUCAAUGGAAGAGAAUUCCGACGGGCCUGUCACGACGUCCACAGGUUUGCCGAUGAGAUCAUCGAUCGUAACCUGUCGUCUGAGCGCCCUGCAAGUGGACGUUCGGGGCGAUAUGUCUUCUUGGAUACUGUCGCAAAGAACACAUCGAAUCGAAAUGCACUUAGAGGUCAGGUAAUCAACCUCUUAGCUGCAGGUAGAGAUACGACAGCCUGUCUUCUUUCUUGGGUGUUCUUUCUACUUGUCCGUCACCCAAGAGUCAUGGAGAAGUUACGCGCAGAAAUAGCUUCUUCAUACACAAAAGACAGCUCAUUGAACCGAGACGUUCUAAGGAGAAUGCCAUAUCUGAACAAUGUGCUCAGAGAGACUUUACGACUUUAUCCACCCGUUCCCGUAAAUGUGCGCAGCACAACAACAACUACGGUCCUGCCAACAGGUGGAGGGCCAGAUAGAAAGUCUCCAGUCCUUAUACCCAAAGGGACCUCUGUAGCAUUUAGCGUAUAUGCUAUGCACCGACGGCCAGAUCUCUAUGGAAUGGAUGCCGAGCAGUUUCGCCCCGAGAGAUGGGACGAAGAGAUGCCAAUGUACAACAACCCAACGAAUGCAAAAUGGGGCUAUCUGCCGUUCCAUGGGGGUCCUAGAAUAUGUCUUGGGCAGGACUUCGCGCUCAGUGAAGCUGCAUAUGUGACAGUCCGUUUAUUAAAGCGUUUUGCAUCAAUCAAACUCCCUGAGGGAGAGCUAGCGGAACUGGUAGGUGUGGAAAAACAACAGAUGACACUCGUUAUUUCUAUAAAGGAGGGAUGUAAGGUUUGCGUAAGCUAG